UAUUUGCAUCACUAAAUUCAAGUGAGCUAGAAAGAUUUCUAACAAAGAUAUAUUUUAUCUUCAAAUAAUAAUAAUAAAAUUACGUAAAAGAAAUAAUAUCUUAAGAUAUAUCCAACGUGGGAACAUAACAAGAGGUUGUGAAAAAGAUAAGAAGUAUGCGUCCAGAAAUAUUCAAUAGCAUGAGUUAUAUACCUGGCUAUAACAUAUCCCUAACUUCAUUAAAUUAAACCUCAUAAACUCAAUAGCUGCAAAAUGGCAGCAACAAUGGCUGGUGUGAGUCUUUCAACUCCUAGAGUUCUUAUCAAAGGACCAGAGUCACUACAAAAGUCUCAAACCAUCAGGUUCGCACCGGUGUCGAUGCUCAACCAAAGGUGGACCGGUAAUGCCAGUUCGUGCAGGAUGGUAACCUUUCGACCGGUUCAGGCAGUACCAGAGAGCAAAACUGGGAGUGUCGAAGAGAGCAUAAAGAAUGCUGAGGAGGCGUGUGCAGGAGAUGCCACUACCGGUGAGUGUGUGGCAGCAUGGGAUGAGGUGGAGGAACUAAGUGCGGCGGCAAGCCAUGCAAGGGAUAAGAAGAAAUUAGAUUCUGACCCUCUUGAGACAUACUGCAAGGACAACCCAGAGACUGAUGAGUGUCGUACCUAUGAUAACUGAUAUACUAUCAAUAUCAAAUCUCCCUUUUAUUAUUAUUUCUGUUGUGUAUUAAUUAAUUUUUAUGUAAGCAAGAUUGAAUAAUCCAUAUAUACCAUCUUUACAUAUAAA